GCUGUAGGAGCCGGUUAGGUCAAAGCAUGCACACGAAACAACUGCGGAAGAUGCUAUGUAAGCGCUGAAAACAGAAAUACGUCUUCUUACACCAAACUAUAGAGCUGAGGAUUCUGUAAUACGUAUAGAUGUAAAUCCUCACUAAGGAUCUACAUCGCUAGACUGAGCGGAGGCGUGAAACUCUGAAAAGAACGGCACGUACGCUCCGUCCGUUUUGCCCUACAAAGGCGCGGAGAGUUUGACAGCAGCGGGCCUGUCUCUGGUGUGGAGGAGGACGGCUUCAGAGGAGGACUACAUGCACGAAUAAAGUCUGUCCUCUUUGCAGCGACAACACCGACAUGAGGAAGGACGUGAGGAUACUGCUCGUGGGGGAACCCAAGGUGGGCAAGACAUCACUGAUUAUGUCUCUGGUCAGUGAGGAGUUCCCUGAUGAGGUUCCACUGCGAGCCGAGGAGAUCACCAUUCCAGCAGAUGUCACACCUGAGAGGGUGCCCACUCACAUUGUUGAUUAUUCAGAGGCUGAACAGUCAGAAGAGCAGCUCUAUCAAGAGAUCUCAAAGGCGAAUGUGAUAUGCAUAGUAUACUCUGUCAACAAUAAAAAGUCAAUUGAAAAGGUGACAAGUCAUUGGAUUCCUCUUAUAAAUGACAGAACAGACAAAGACAGCAGAGUACCACUGAUCCUUGUGGGGAACAAGUCUGAUCUGGUUGAACACAGCAGCAUGGAGACCAUCCUGCCAAUCAUGAACCAGUAUCAGGACAUUGAGACCUGUGUGGAGUGCUCAGCCAAAAACCUAAAGAACAUCUCUGAGCUGUUUUAUUACGCCCAGAAAGCUGUUCUUCACCCCACAGGACCCCUGUACUGCCCAGAGGACAAAGAGCUGAAGCCUUCUUGCAUUAAAGCCUUAACCAGAAUCUUCAAAGUCUCUGACCUGGACAAUGAUGGCAUUUUAAAUGACAAUGAACUCAAUUUCUUCCAGAGGACAUGUUUCAAUACACCACUGGCACCCCAGGCUCUGGAGGACGUGAAGAACGUGGUUAGGAGGAACAUGAAUGAUGGGGUCAAGGACAAUGGACUCACACUUAAAGGGUUCCUGUUCCUUCACACUCUCUUCAUCCAGAGGGGGCGCCAUGAGACCACAUGGACUGUCUUGAGGAGGUUUGGAUACGAUGAUGACCUGGAGCUAACACAGGAGUACCUCUUUCCAAUUAUAAAGAUCCCUCCAGACUGUACCACUGAGCUCAACCACAAUGCUUACCUCUUCCUCCAAAGUGUCUUUGACAAACAUGACAAAGACAGAGAUUGUGCUUUGUCUCCAGAAGAGGUGAAGGACCUAUUCAAAGUGUUCCCCUACAUGCCUUGGGGUCCUGAUGUGAACAACACAGUCUGCACCAAUGAUCAGGGGUGGAUCACAUACCAGGGAUACCUCUCACAGUGGACGCUUACAACCUAUUUAGAUGUUCAGCGUAGUCUGGAAUAUCUGGGCUACCUGGGAUACUCGAUCAUCUAUGAACAGGAGUCUCAGGCAGCUGCCAUCACAGUAACUCGUAACAAGCGUAUUGACCUGCAAAAGAAACAGACUCAGCGUAGUGUUUUCCGUUGCAAUGUGCUGGGAGCGAGAGGCAGUGGCAAGAGUGGCUUUCUUCAAGCCUUUUUGGGCAGGAAUCUUCAGCGACAGAGGCGCAUUAGGGAAGACCACAAGUCUUUCUACGCUAUCAGCACAACAUAUGUCUACGGUCAGGAGAAAUACCUGCUGCUUCACGAGGUGAUGCCAGACUUUGACUUCCUUUCGGAGUCUGAUUUGGCCUGUGAUGUUGUUUGCCUGGUUUACGACGUCAAUAAUCCUCGCUCUUUUGAAUAUGCUGCCAAAGUCUACAAGCAAUACUUUAUAGAUAGCAAGACGCCCUGUGUUCUUAUUGCUGCCAAGUCAGAUCUGCAUGAAGUCCGCCAGCACUACAGUCUGAUGCCGCAUGACUUCUGUCGCAAACAUAAGCUCCACCCGCCCCAGCCGUUCACAUGUAACACAACCGAUGCACCCGGCAAAGAAAUCUACACAAGACUUACUACUAUGGCCAUGUAUCCACACAUGGCUCAAGCUGACCUGAAAAACUCUACGUUCUGGCUGCGGGCGAGUGUCGGUGCCACAGUGUUUGCCGUUCUGGGCUUUGCCGUGUACAGAGCACUGGUCAAACAGCGGUGAGGAGAUGUGCCAUUUCCCCCUGCCCACGGGCCUGUGCCUCCAUUCAAAAGACUGACCACCCACCCACACUCGUGUGCUUUUCUUUCUGAUGCAUCAUGAACAGAGCAAAAAGACAUUAUACAGCAUACAAAACUGUUUGGCUUUAUGGGGAAAAGGGUUGGUUACUUUUGAUAUAUCAUGAGCCCUUAAAUCUAUUUGUACAUGCAUUCUUCUGAUCCGUAAGGAUGUUUCUUCCUCAGUGUUAUUAGAUUAAACUUUAGAGCGGUGACCUUAAAGGUGUCACACUGUUUAUAGAUAUGUAUAUGCAGUAUAUAAAUAUAAAUAUGUACUAAGCUGUUAUAGACCUGGGCUGUAGAUGUCAGAAAGUCUCUCUCCCCCAGCAACUGAACAGCAGAAAGGUCCUGGGUGUCAAGCACUGUUUAUUUUUGUGUUUAUUAAUUUAUUAAUAUUGGGUUUCUUUGUUGUCUGUCAAAAUGCCUGUUUUCGUCACAAAAGACGAAUAAAGGGAUAUAAUUUUUCAUGUAUUUUUGUAUGAUAUGAUUUGCUUUUUACAUUAUUCAUUUUAUCCAGAGUUUGUUUUUAACUGAUCAGGAACAACAUGACGACCACUGCCCAUAGUUCAAGCCCAUGUCACAAAUUGACCAUUGCAGACCUCUGGCAGUUCUCGUGCAUAGGCUGUAUGCAUUUAACUUUAAAAAAAAAAAAGUGCCCAUUUGCCCAUUGCAUCCAACCUAAAAACAGGUGCUAAGAAGAGAUCACUGUUUUUAUAUGUCUGUGGUCAUACCAUCAUGGCCUGAUCAGUGCACUUUGUUAGAUCUCAAUGAUUAGACUAAAUUUUUAGAUAACUAGUACAUUUAUCUUUUAUCAGAACCAUGUGUUUUAGGUCAUCUUUACAAUUUAAUUUACAAUAAACAGUAUAAACUUA